UUUAUUUGCAGGAAUGUACUUGGAGCAUCGGUAUCACCCACACAGAAACCAUAUGAAAGACUCUAAGUAUGCACAGAAGUAGUGAUUCUCUUAAUGAAAGAUUUGCAUAAUAACUUUGAGGCAUAUUUCUAAUGAAGCCAGAGCAUAAAUAAAUGAAGACUUUUGUCAAUGCAAACUGAAAAAUUAUUUAAUGUUCUUUCAAUGUCAGUCAGUGAUGAGAUAGUUAUAUCUAUCACCAUGAAAGUGAGUAACUAUAUAAGACAAAUAGAUUAAUGUACCUUUCAUCUUUUUCACUAAUGCCCCAGACUGGAAUUUUUGUAAAAAAUGAGAAAUUUGCAAAUGAAUCUUUUCAAUACAUAUUGCAUUAACUAACACUUAGGAUCUCAGUGUAGCUCUCCUCAUUGUGAAAUCACCUGUACAUUAGUUUAUACUGAUUUUCAAGAGAGCAUGGAAGACUACUACAACCACAUUAAGGGCAAAAAAGAAGGCUUAAUGGUAAGAAACAGAAAUUUGUGGUAUUUAAACACCAUGUGUUUGAGCAGAAAAGGAAACAGAAAAUGACUAUCCACUAGCAACAAAUAAACAUGAUUGAAUAAUCUGGGUUAGGUACUGGUAUGUAAAAUUUCUACUCUAAUGAAUAUUUUACUUAUAGUUUAUAGUCAUAUCCUGAUUACAGGUCGUAUCUAGUGAGAAAGUCAAACUUGCAUGGAGCAAUUCUAUCAAAAACCAAUUGUGUUAUUUCAUGAGUUAAUUGGAAUAACAUUUUGCAUAAUUGCACCUCUCCCAUCACUUUUUUAGCUUCUGUUUUUCAGAGGUAAUGUCUGGCACCCUCAAGAGGCGGGUGCAUGGGGUCCUGCCCCCUGGAGGGCCACUGUGAAGACAUCGUCAAGAAUAAGUGCACCUGCAGAGAGCGAAGUUGUGAUCUUUUAAAGAACAAGUGUCUAUUGCAAUGCACGUAUGUCUCUGUAACUUGGCUCACGGUGUCAUCAUUUUAAUAUACAUAUUUAGGAUUUGCUGAACCGAUGCAGUUGAAAUGCAAGCAAUUAAUAUUUAUAGAAGUGAUAUGUUCAUGCUUAUGUAAGGGGAGAGACAAAACGUAAGGGAGGCGAUUCCUUUUUUUUUAAUGGCUUUUAAUUCCCGUUGAAAGAGGAAGUGAUAAGGUGCUCGUGCUUACACCUGCUGUUAGAAGACGAGGACGUGACUGCAGUUGAUGACACGACUUUCAUGAUGUGCGUGCCCGUGUUGUACGGCGCGGGGCAGGGAGCAGUGCCGGGGGAGGGGGGAGCCCUCUGCCAGGACGGGGCGCCCCGGCCCAGGGGGUGGGCGGAGGCAGGAGGGCAAGGUGCGGGGUGCAUUUCUGGGCUGCCCCGGCUGGCUCCCUGCAGCUGGCGCGAGGCAGACGUGCUGCCUCUCCCGGCUGGGCUGGUCUCCAUGCCUCCAUUCACGCGGCUGCUCUCCCUGCUGGCGGAGCCCGUCUCCUCGGCACUGACGGGGAGGGAGGCUGGCGAGAGGCAGCUGCCGCCGCCGCCGCCGCAUGGCGAGACCCGGGGAGCCUCCGGGGCGGAUCCGCGGCAGGUUCAUGGUGCCGCUCAGGGCUCUGCUCUUCUGGGCGCUGGUCUAUAGCUACUGCGGGCUCUGCGCCUGCCUCGAGCUGCUGAAACUUUUGUGGAGCAUCGGCAGGAGGCCGGGCAAGACCUUCCAGUGGGUCACCCGCGAGACCCCCCCCGCCUGCCUCAAUGACCCGUCCCUGGGCACCCACUGCUACGUGCGCAUCAAGGAUUCAGGGUUAAGAUUCCACUACGUAGCUGCAGGAGAAAGGGGCAAACCGCUCAUGUUACUGCUUCAUGGCUUUCCAGAAUUCUGGUAUUCAUGGCGUCAUCAAUUGCGAGAAUUUAAAAGUGAAUAUCGAGUUGUGGCACUGGACUUGAGAGGCUAUGGAGAAACAGAUGCUCCUUCUCACAAAGAAAAUUACAAGUUAGAUUGCCUAAUUACAGAUAUAAAGGACAUUUUGGAAUCUCUAGGGUACAACAAGUGUGUGUUGAUUGGCCAUGACUGGGGUGGAAUGAUCGCUUGGUUGGUUGCUAUCUGUUACCCAGAAAUGGUGACUAAGCUUAUUGUGGUUAAUUUCCCUCAUCCCUCUGUGUUUACAGAAUAUAUUCUACAGCAUCCUUCACAACUGAUUAAAUCUGGUUACUACUUCUUUUUCCAAAUGCCAUGGUUUCCUGAAUUCAUGUUUACAAUAAAUGAUUUCAAGGUUCUGAAAAACCUGUUUACCAGCCAGACCACUGGCAUUGGAAGAAAAGGCUGUAGAUUAACAGCAGAGGAUAUUGAUGCUUAUCUCUACAUCUUCUCUCAACCUGGAGCGCUAACUGGACCAAUUAACCACUACAGAAAUAUUUUCAGUUGCCUACCUCUGCAGCAUCAUGAGGUCACCAUGCCUACUCUGUUGCUAUGGGGAGAAAAAGAUGCAUUUAUGGAAGUCGAAAUGGCAGAAAUUACACGGAUUUAUGUUAAAAAUCAUUUCAGGUUAACUAUUUUGUCUGAAGCCAGUCAUUGGCUCCAGCAGGAUCAGCCUGACAUAGUGAACAAGUUGAUAUGGACUUUUUUAAAAGAAGACGUAACAAGAAAAAGAGAGUGACUUUUCCUAUGUGUUUUAAGAGGUCUUCAUAAAAGCUCUUAAUUUAAAAACUAAUUGUUAUCAGGGCCAUAUAUCCAGCCUACCUUUUUUUUGGCUUCUGUUAGAGAAAAGUGUUUUCAAUAUACUGUAUAUAUUUGAACACCAAUGUUAUUACUAAAAGAAAAUGAUAGUGUGAAAUUAUAUAAUGUUAAAAUUGGUUUUACUUGUAUACCUGUCUUUUGCACAUAAAAACACAUGCCUUAAGAUGUAUGUAUUUGUACAGUAUGGAAAUCAUGGAAAGUUGCUUGGUUUUGGUUUCUCUCUUGCUUUACAAUUUUAAUGUGUGGUGCCUUUUACAAAUUUAUAAUGAAACAAUGGAGGGGUGCCAUAUAAAAUGAAAUCAUAUCUAUCAGUUUUCAUUCUACCAGCUGAAUUUUUUUACUGUAGUUGACCAUUUAAAAUGUUUUUAUUGACUGCAUUUUAAUGUAUCAGGCAAAAGAAAAAUUUCUGCGCACUUUUUGUAGUCUUCAGGUGAUAACUCAUACAUAUCUUGUUGUAUUGUCAAAUAACAGCUGCUUUUUAUGGCGUAUUUUUUCCUAAUUGGAAAAAAAAAGUAGAAAUCUGUACACACAACCUGUCUGAACAAGUAGAAUGGAAGAGCUAUAUUCAUGACAUGUAUCAAAUCCACCUAUGUUUAAUAAAAUAUAUCUUAUGCCCUUCACCUGA